UUGAGCCUCCGGACCGGCCGCAGCUCCCUGCUCCGGCGCCCCGACCCGGCCACGCCGCCUCUGCCCUCCGGCAUGUUUUAAACCCGGCCCUGCCUGCUCCCCUUCGGGCUUCCCCUCCCGCCGUCGGGUAUCACCCCGCUUUUCUCUGCCCCCCACCCCUCAGCCCCCUUCGGUCCUUGUGCAUCCUAACCCCCCCACCCCCCCUUGGAAGGGCCGGCGGCUGGGGGGGAGCGGGGGCGGUGGGCGCCCGGGGUGGGGGGGCGAGGGCAGAAAAGCCCCGCUCGACACCAUGGCGUCCAGCUAUGCCCACGCCAUGGAGAGGCAGGCCCUGCUGCCCGCCCGCCUCGACGGCCCCGCCGGCCUGGACAAUUUACAAGCCAAGAAGAACUUCUCCGUGAGUCACCUGCUGGACCUGGAGGAGGCGGGCGACAUGGUGGCCGCUCAGGCCGACGAGGGCGGCGGAGAGCCCGGCCGGAGCUUGUUGGAGUCCCCCGGGCUGACCAGCGGCAGCGACACUCCGCAGCAGGACAAUGAUCAACUGAACUCAGAAGAGAAGAAGAAGAGAAAGCAGAGAAGGAACAGGACUACCUUCAACAGCAGCCAGCUGCAGGCACUAGAGAGGGUCUUUGAGAGGACACACUACCCUGAUGCCUUUGUACGGGAAGACCUUGCACGCAGAGUCAACCUCACUGAGGCCAGAGUCCAGGUGUGGUUCCAGAACCGGAGAGCCAAGUUUCGCCGGAACGAGAGGGCAAUGCUGGCCAGCAAGAAUGCCUCUCUGCUCAAAUCCUACUCAGGGGAUGUCACUGCUGUGGAGCAGCCCAUAGUACCUCGCCCAGCUCCAAGACCCACUGACUAUCUCUCCUGGGGUACUGCCUCACCUUACAGUGCCAUGGCCACCUACUCUGCCACGUGUACCAAUGCCAGCCCAGCCCAGGGCAUGAAUAUGGCCAACAGUAUUGCCAACCUGAGACUGAAGGCAAAGGAAUAUAGUUUACAGAGGAAUCAAGUGCCCACAGUCAAUUAACGACUGGAGGCAGCUGCCUUGCAGAAGGAAAGAAAUACAGCAGCACCCGUCCUGCUUUGCAGCUUGUUUGUGCUGAGAGAAAAAAGGAAAAAACAAAAAAAAAAGAAGAAAAAAAAAAAAAAAAAAAAAAAAGAAAGAAAAGAGAAAAAGAAGAAAAAAAAAAGCCAACCCUAAUCCAGAACUGAGCAUGGGGACCAAACUGGGAGCAAACUGAACCGCUCAUGAGUGACAAGGUUCCUUCUUCCUUUUGGGAUGAUGCCACCAUAAUUUUUUUUUUUUCUUGUUAUUGUCAGGUUUAUUGCUUCUGCUCAAUAUGCUAUGAGCUUCUUCAGUAAAGGACAGUCUCACCCUUGUUGGUUUCUGUUUUUGUGGGGGACUGCAAAAUAAGAAACCUCUGCCCAUCUCAGCCCCUGGACAUGUCCCACCCCCCAUCACGCUGAGAUGCAAAGCUUCCUCCUCUCCCCCCUUGCCCCUGCUCACCUUGGGGAAGCUUCUCCAUCACUGCUUCCCACUGUAUCCACCUGUCCCUUCAUCCCUCCAGCCCCUUGUGCCCCAGAGGCAGCACCAGCACCAUUAAUUAGCCAGCAAGAAGCCCAUUAGUGCGAGGGGAUGGGCUCAGCCUGCCCUGCUCCAGCCUGAGAGCUGAGGAGCCUCUCCUCAGGUUUCCCAGCACUUUGUUGCUUUCCCUGAGUAUUCCCAGCACUGCUGCCUCAAAAAUCCAAAGACAAGAGAAAAGCCAACGUGGGUGUGUGACCAGGGAGAGGGGGGAGCAGGGGGGGAAUCACUCUGUAGUGCCAAGAAUAGGACUGUUAGGACACUCCUUUCUAUGCCUUACAGUUUG